AUGGAAGAUCUUGUUAUUUGUGUUGUUGGUUUAGGUUAUGUAGGUAUCCCUAUGGCUGUUGCCUUCGCCGAAAAGGGAGUGAGAGUCAUCGGUUUCGAUAUUUCAAAGCCCAAGGUGGAGGCCUAUAUCAAUGGGUAUGAUCCCACACAGGAGGUUGGCAGUGAGAGAUUGCUGAAAGCUCUCAAGGGAGGUUUACUCUCUAUCACUAGCGAAUUAGAGGAUAUCCGUGCUGCCAACUUCUAUAUUGUAGCUGUUCCUACCCCUGUGAACGAGGACCGUUCUCCUGAUGUGGGUCCUGUUCGUGGUGCUUCUGAAACAAUCGGAAAGGUGCUGAGCAAGGGCGACUAUGUCGUUUUUGAGUCCACUGUGUACCCAGGCUUGACUGAGGAGCUGUGUAUUCCUAUUAUUGAGAAGCUGUCUGGUUUGAAGUACAAGGAAGAGUGGAAGCUGGGAUAUUCGCCUGAACGAAUCAACCCGGGUGACAAGGUCCAUACCUUCCGCACCAUCAAGAAGAUUGUGUCUGGUUGUGACGCGGAAUCCCUCGAAAAGAUCGCUUCCGUUUACGAGAUGGUGGUGGAGCCCGGCGUCCACCGCGCCACCUCGAUCGCUGUGGCUGAGGCCGCCAAGGUAAUCGAGAACUCGCAACGUGAUAUCAACAUUGCUUUUAUGAACGAGUUGGCGAUUAUCUUCGACAAGAUGGGCAUCGACACCCACGACGUUUUGGAAGCGGCGGGCACGAAGUGGAACUUUUUGCACUUCUUCCCUGGCCUGGUGGGCGGCCAUUGCAUCGGCGUGGAUCCCUACUAUCUGACGUACCGUGCUCAGAAUCUGGGCUACACGAGCCGCAUCAUCCAGAACGGCCGUUUGCUGAACGAUUCGAUGGGCGAAUGGAUCGCGACGAAGGUGGUGAAGCUGAUGGUGCAGCUGGGUUUGGUGGUGCGCGGCGCGCGCGUGUGCGUGAUGGGCAUCACGUUCAAGGAGAACUGCUGCGAUGCGCGCAACAGCAAGGUGUACGACAUCAUCAAGGAGCUGAAGGAGUACGAGAUCGAGGUGGUGUGCUGCGAUCCGUGGGCGGUGAAGGACGAAGUGAAGCGAUUCUAUGGAGUGGACGUGGUGGAUCUGAGCGAGGUGAAGGACUGCGACGCCGUGGUGAUGGCGGUGGCGCAUCGUGAGUUCGCGUCGAUGUCGAUGAAGGAUCUGAGAGCCCUGUUCAAGCCCUCGGUGGCGAAGAAAUUGGUCUACGAUGUGAAGAGCGUGAUCAGCAGAGAGGACGUGCCCGAGGACAUGGUGCUGAAGAGACUCUAA